CGUUGAGUAUAAAUAAGAGCCUCUGCUUCAACUGGUCCUUGCCAGGAUAGUUUAUUUGAGGCCUCUAGAAGUUAACUCUAUUUCUUCUUUCUCAUCCAUUAGUUUUCUAACUUUUCUGCAAUAAGAAAUCCGAGUGUUGAACGUUUUUGUCACUUUUUCAGUGGAACACUUGGCCAGCAUUCUGUGGUGGUUCCUGCUGAAACAUUGACAGACAUUCUUCAGAGUGUUGAAGAUUACCCAGAUAAGCCUUCAAAGCUUUGCUUCUCAUGGACCUUCCUCGCACGCUAUUAGUCAUUUGGGUCACGGCGAGCCUUAUCUUCGAGAACUCAAACAAUGUGGAAGGAAGAUCCCAUUACCACAAGAAGGAGAAGAACAAAAGCUCCCCUGCCUCACCCCCUGAACCUCCAAAGCGUUCAUCCCCUGUUACUCCUCCUGUUUCUUCUGACCCGUACCCAAAUGAUCCCGGGAAUUCUAACACAGGCUGUGUUUUCGAUGUAACAUCUUUUGGGGCAGUUGGAGACGGUUCUGCUGAUGACACUCCUGCAUUUAUAGCAGCAUGGAAAGCAGCUUGUGCAGUAGAAUCGGGAGUGGUCCUGGCUCCCGCAGACUAUUGUUUCAAAAUUACUUCAACAAUCUUCUCAGGGCCAUGCAAGCCAGGACUUGUAUUUCAAGUGGAUGGGGUCCUAAUGCCACCGGAGGGACCAAAUUCUUGGCCGAAAGCGGAUAGCCGUAAGCAAUGGCUUGUGUUUUACCGACUUGACCAGAUGACUUUCACAGGGAAAGGAACCAUUGAAGGGAAUGGCCAGGAGUGGUGGGCUCUCCCAUGCAAGCCACACCGGGGUCCUAAUGGAUCGACAAUGCCAGGACCAUGCGACUCCCCUGCAUUAAUUAGAUUCUUCUUGAGCUCCAAUUUGGUGGUCAGCGGUUUACGGAUCCAAAAUAGUCCUCAGUUCCAUAUGAAAUUCGAUGGCUGUGAUGGAGUACUGAUAGAAAAGCUGUCCAUAUCUUCGCCUAAACUUAGCCCCAAUACCGAUGGGAUCCACAUUGAGAACACUAAGGCUGUUGGAAUAUACAACUCCAUGAUUAGCAAUGGUGAUGAUUGCAUUUCGAUCGGACCUGGGUGCGCAGAUGUUGACAUCGAGGGUGUCACUUGCGGGCCUAGUCACGGGAUAAGCAUUGGAAGCCUUGGAGUGCACAAUUCUCGGGCAUGCGUUUCCAACAUAACAGUUCGUAACGUAGUCAUUAAGGAAUCAGACAAUGGGCUGAGGAUCAAGACAUGGCAAGGUGGGACGGGAUCUGUAACAGGCAUAUCAUUCGACAGCAUCCAAAUGGAGAACGUAAUGAACUGCGUAAUCAUAGACCAAUAUUAUUGCUUGUCAAAGGCUUGCUUAAACGAAACUUCAGCUGUAUAUGUCACGGACGUGGCCUUCAGGAACAUAAAGGGCACCUAUGAUGUGCGCAGUCCCCCCAUACAUUUUGCAUGCAGUGACACGGUUGCUUGCACAAAUAUCACACUUUCGGACGUGGAGCUUCUCCCAUAUGAAGGGGAACUGGUGGAUGAUCCAUUCUGCUGGAAUGCUUAUGGAAAUCAGGAAACCUUGACUAUACCUCCCAUUAAUUGCUUACGAGAUGGGGACCCUCAGACUGUGGCAGAGCUCUCCCAAUAUGGUUGCUAUUGAUAUAGAAUACUGUAUAAAGCCCAAGAGGCCCCUAUCUGUAAUGGGUCUUGUUAUUACUUAGGCUCCAUCCCAACUUGGGUUUCCCCCAAAUUGUGUGAUGAGAUGUAAUAUUAUGGGUCUACCGUCUUGGGCCUAUGUUGUAAUAGAUUGGAUGCUUACACUAUAAGUAUAAGAUUGAAAUAUGUUGAGUGCGGAGUUUGAAACGAAGAAGGAUUCGAGUGCUGUGAAAAAAUAGUAUAACGAUGGAGAUUCAUAGGGAUAGUAAUGCGUGAGAAUUGUAUUUGUCAUAUAAAAAGUACAUUGAUAAAGUACUUGAACGUUUUGAUAUGCAUAACUCUAAACCAAUGAGUACUUUACUUGCUCAUUCCAGCUAUAGAGUGAGGAGGAGGAGAAGGAACAAUUCAAGUCA